AUGUCAAAAUUAGAAACAAAGCAUGAAAUUAUUACUUCAACUGAUAAUAUUAAUAUUUUAAUUGAUAAAUUAUUCUUACUUUUGAUUAAAAUACAAAAUGAAGUAAUUAGUGAUUUAGGAAUUAGUAAAUUAUCAACUGAAAUAUCAGUUAAUGAAAAUGAAUAUUAUGGAAUUAUUCCUUAUAUUGCUCCAGAGAUAUUUCAAGGGCAGAAAAGCAAUAAAUAUACAGAAGAAUCAGAUAUUUAUAGCUUUGGAAUAAUUAUGUGGGAAAUUAUGAUAGGUAAAAGACCUUUUUGGGAUCAUAAUUAUGAUACAGAUCUUAUUAUUAAAAUUUGUGAUGGUAUUCGUCCUCCUAUUAUCACAAAUGCACCUGAAGGAUAUAUUAAAUUAAUGGAAAAAUGUUGGCAUCCUGAUCCAAAUAAGAGACCAGCAACGGUGGCUAUUCUUGAAUUUAUUGAUAAAAUUAUUUUGAAUGAAGAAAAGAAUCCAACUAAAAUUAUCUAUUCUCUUGAUAUUGGACCUAUGAAUGAAGAUUGUUUAGAAUCUACAAAUCGACGUAUAUAUAGUAAGUAG